AUGGCAGGGCACCUUUCGCUAAUCUAUUCCGCCCGCCCGUCCAGACGCGGCGCCCCUUUUCAUUAUCAUCUACUGCCCUUUCUUUCCUCCCGGCUAUUCACGCAUGAAGAUCGUCGUAUGCUCGACUUCGGUUGCCGACGCGGUAGGAGUACAUUAUGGCAGGAUCAGUCACCCGGGCAAACCAACCCUCCUCCAAGAAGAAUUGUGCUAUGCCCUCCCGAUCCCUAUAGAGCGAAAGAGCUGCUUGGCCUCCCGCUCUCUGAGAACCCUUCCUUGUCAUCUCUGAGCACUGAACACCUUCUUUACUCUCCGAAAAUACUGAAACCCCCUAUUCUCCCUCUUCUUCGACCAGGAAUGACUAAUUAUCUCCUAGCUUCAAAGUCUCCCACUGAAGAUCUUGCCUGGGCUAGUGCUUCCCCUAAGGGAGAUGGAUAUGAUGCCGCCGUAAAAGACCUAGUAGAAAGAGAUGCCCCUGGAGUUGUCCUAAAAUCAGGCUCAAGUCGGUCUUCACUCGCUGCUGUGCUCUCUCUUCAAUUUCCGGCUAAGCAGGGUUCCUUACCCCCAUAG